AAUUGCCUACUUAUCGCCGAAUCGUGCCGUGUUCGCUCAACACUUGCGCCUUUCAAUCGCCAACCGAGCAUCGAGCCAAGCGACCCUGGACGAAACGUACCUCGUGCGGCUGAGACAAGGUCGCCUUGGUCCCUUCUUUUCUUCUUUCUAGCGUCGUACAAGAAGCCUACGUUGAAGUGUCGCGCCGUUGUUGUUGCUGCUACUGUUUCAACGAUGGAUGCUCAGGGCAAAGACGGUAAUUACGAACUGCACGAGAUUGGUGACAGGCCAAGGUCGUUGGAGAGCGACGAUAUCGCGCUUUCGCGGCUUGGGAAGAAACCUGUUCUGAAGAGACGGUUUGCAUUCCUGUCCAUUCUCGGAUUCAGUUGCACUGUCUUGAUUACUUGGGAAGGAUCGCUAAUUCUUUUUCUCGUGGGUCUGCAAAAUGGUGGCCCUGCGGGUGUCAUCUACGGAUACUUGGUCGUAUGGCUUGGGACAAUCUCAACAUUCAUCGUGCUUUCGGAGCUGGUUUCGAUGGCGCCAACAUCUGGUGGGCAGUACCAUUGGGUUUCUAUGCUAGCACCUGCGAGUAUUCGCAAAGGUCUGAGUUACAUCGCAGGAUGGCUCACUUUGGCAGGAUGGCAAGCCUCCGUUGGCUCCGGUGCCUAUUUGACGGGAACUUUGGUCCAAGGUAUGCUUAUACUUACACAGCCGAGCUACGUCCCGCAGAACUGGCACGGUACGCUGCUGUACUGGGCCGUGGUGAUCUUCUGCAUCAUUAUCAAUAUCGCUGCUGGAUGGCUGCUGCCAAAAUUCGAGGGCGGACUUCUCGUACUGCAUAUCGUUGGGUUCUUUGCAGUCUUGAUCCCGCUGUUGACACUUGGUCCGAAGGGCGAUACGAAGGAGGUGUUCACAACUUUCUACAACCUCGGUGAAUGGCCAACCCAAGGAUUGUCAUUCUGCAUCGGGAUUAUGGGAAGUGUUUUCGCUUUCGUUGGUGGAGAUGGUGCUAUUCAGAUGAGCGAAGAAAUCCAAAACGCCGCUCUGGUCGUACCUCGAUCCAUUAUGACUGGCAUAAUGAUCAAUGGCUCUCUCGGGUUCGGAAUGAUCCUUACUGUGUUGUAUCGCGCCGGAGAUAUCGAUGCUGCUCUCGCCGAGAACCCAGCGUUUCCAAUCCUCGCAAUCUUCAAGCACGCCACAAACUCCACAGCUGGCGCAGCAGUGCUGGCAUCGCUGCUGUUCUGCUUAGCUACCAGCGCCACCGUCGGCCUACUGGCGUCAUCAUCUCGCGUCUUUUGGGCCUUUUCCCGUGACAAAGGUCUGCCAGGCUGGCGAACGCUCAGCAAGGUCAGCGAGCGAACAUCAAUUCCCGUGUACUCAGUGGUCGCAACAGCCUUGGUCGCAUCCGUUCUCGCGCUUGUCAACAUCGGCUCGUCGACGGCAUUCAACGGUAUCAUCUCCGUGUCAAUUGCCGGUCUCUUCUCAUCGUACCUGUUGGUUGCCGGGCUAUUACUAUAUCGUCGAUGCACCGGAGGUAUUGUACCGGCCAGCAGCGUGCCAAUCAGCGGUCCGAGCGACUUUGAAAGCGCGAAGGUUGUGUGGGGCCCGUGGAGGAUUCCUGGUUUCCUGGGUAUUGCCAACAAUGUCUUCGCCUGUGCGUACCUCUCUUUCGUCCUGUUCUUCAGCUUCUGGCCGAGCUUUUCAGCCGUCACGCCGCAGAAUAUGAACUGGUCGAUACUUGUUACGGGUUUUGUUGCCAUCUUCAGCGGUCUGUACUACAUGAUUUGGGCUAAGAAGACCUACCACGGACCGAUUGUCGAGGUCGAGCCGAGAUACGCGCAUGAUAUGCGUGCUUGAGCAGGUACAAUGACUCUUGUUUAGGCAGUACCGUAUUGAGUGGACUGACCAUAUUGCUCAGCGCGCAUGGUCUCUACUACC